GAAUCUCAUCACGGUGCAUAGUGCUCUCUUUCUCCAAACAUUGCAGCCACACGAUAGUGCUACCAACGCAGCUGGAAUAUCUAUCCAACUCCGGUUCAUGCAUGUCGUGGCGAAUACCGGUACUUGGACCAUACUCAGACGAUAUUGGAAGACGACACUGCAGAAUUUUCCCAUUCAAUGUUCGUGAGUGGAAAUGAAUGCACCUCCUGACGUUCAUCUUGGAGCGGUAUCGGUAUACAGGGUCAACAAGGGCAUAAUGUCGAGCGGUUGCCCGUUUCCCUAUCUCCGUCAUCGCACAACUUACCAGUAUGAUGACCGAGAAGCAGCCUAUCGAACCCAGCAAACCUUUGAGCGAAGAGAUAGAGGUCGCAGGAGUUAGCCGCGAUGCUGGGUUUGGGGGGCCUGAGGGGCGACGCAAGCUCGAGAGGAGGCUCCUUUGGAAGAUCGACUUGCGCAUGUCAAUACUGGGUAUCAUCUAUAUCCUGAACUAUAUUGACAGGAACAAUGCAAGCGCAGCACGCCUGCGUGGCUUCCAAUCAGACUUGAAUCUCACGGACUCACAGUACGCCUCCAUCAUAUCCAUCGCGUACGUCGGAUACAUCAUCAUGCAAAUACCAGCAAACAUGUUAAUUGACAAGAGCGGCGCUCCUGCUAUGAUCAUAGCAGGAUCGAUGGUUGUCUGGGGUGCGAUGUCCAUCCUUACAGGUAUCUGUCAUGACUUCGUCGGUGCCCUCAUGACGAGGUUCUUUCUGGGUUUCGUCGAAGCAGCGUUCUUCCCUGGGUCACUGCUUCUUUUAUCCAUGUGGUACAAACGCGAAGAGCUGGGUCUACGCAUCGCCGUUCUGUUCUGCGGGAAUAUUCUAAGCAAUGCGUUUGGAUCGUUGUUCGCGGCGGGAAUACUGGACACUAUGGAGGGUAAGCUUGGUCAAGCUGCGUGGAGGUGGCUAUUCUUUAUCGAAGGAAGCCUCACCAUCUUCUUCGCCUGUCUCGCGCUGUUCAUCCUCCCCAACUUCCCACACAACACUAGGGGCCUAACAGACGCCGAGCGCACACUCGCUGUCUUGCGCAUGCAAGAGGAGGACGCAUCUAUCGGGGAGACAUCUCAGGGAAACGCCGGUACGAGUGGUCUCCGGCUCGCGCUCACGGACUGGAAGACGUGGUGGUACGCGAUGGCGAUGACGGCGCGGAUCAUGGCAUUAAGCUUUAAUUUGUUUUUACCUACGCUGGCGGCAACGAUGGGCUACGGUCGGACGGUCACUCUCCUCAUGUGCGCUCCCCCUUAUAUUUUUGCGACUUUGUUCUCUUUCGCGUACUGCAGAAUCUCGGACAAACUCCAAAUACGGUUCAAUCUCAUGGCUGUCUCUGAAGGAGCUGGCAUACUUGGGUUCAUCAUUGCGAUGAGCACGAUGAACAUUGGUGCACGAUACUUUUCAUUGUUUCUCAUGGCCCAGUCAUUUUCAGGCCUGAUCAUCUCGUACGCGUGGAUGAACAGCUCGUUUUACUGGCCACCAUCGCGGCGAGCGGCCGCCAUUGCGUUCAUCAACGCGUUCUCCCAACUGGGUGAUAUCGCAGGGUCGUAUAUCUGGCCAACGAACUACGGCCCGUCGUACCGGUACUCAUACGGCAUAUGCAUCGCCGCUUCCGGCCUCAGCAUCGCCAUGAGCUGGGUCUUUAGACGGCAUUUAUCGAAGCUCAACAAGGCAUUGGAGAGGGAGGCGACUGAGGGAAAGGGUGGUGCAUAUCGAUUCCCAUUGUAAUAUUCGCAGAAGUCAAAGUCCUGUACGUGUACUAGUCUAACAAAUGUUCACGCUGC